GUUCGGCGGUAGAGGUCGGAGGGCUCGGGGCUCCGAGUGGCAGCGCGCUCGCGGCGAGCCAGCCCGAGCCCGGGCGGCGGGUUCUUCGCCAUGCCGGGGAUGGUGCUGUUCGGCCGGCGCUGGGCCAUCGCCAGCGACGACUUGGUCUUCCCGGGGGUCUUCGAGCUGUUCGUGCGAGUGCUGUGGUGGAUCGGCAUCCUGACGCUGUAUCUCAUGCACAGAGGGAAGCUGGACUGUCCUGGUGGCGUCCUGCUCAGCAGUUACCUGAUCGUGCUCAUCAUUCUGCUGGCAGUUAUCAUAUGCACCGUGUCAGCCAUCGUGUGUGUCAGCAUGAAAGGGACCAUUUGUAAUCCUGGACCACGGAAAUCCAUGUCUAAGCUGCUCUACGUGCGCCUGGCACUCUUUCUGCCAGAGAUGGUCUGGGCGUCCCUGGGGGCCGCCUGGAUAGAGGACGGUGUUCAGUGUGACAGGACGGUGGGGAAUGGCAUCAUUGCGACUGUCGCGGUCAGCUGGAUCAUCAUCGCCUCCACCGUGGUCACCAUUGUCAUCGUCUUUGACCCGCUGGGGGGGAAGAUGGCUCCGUAUCCCCCUGCGGGCCCCCAUCACCUGGAUAGCCAUGAGUCCAGCCAGUUACUUAAUGGCCUCAAGACGGCAGCUACAAGCGUGUGGGAAACGAGAGUCAAGUUCCUGUGCUGCUGCGUCGGCAAAGACGACCGUACUCGAGUUGCUUUUUCGAGUACGGCAGAGCUUUUCUCAACCUACUUUUCAGACACGGACCUGGUGCCCAGCGACAUUGCAGCAGGGCUCGCUCUCCUCCACCAGCAACAGGACAGCAUCAGGAACAACCAGGAGCCUGACGAGGUGGUCAGCCAUUCCCCAGGGCCCUCCCAGGAAGCUGAUUUGGACGCAGAAUUAGAAAACUGCCGUCACUAUAUGCAAUUUGCCGCAGCUGCCUAUGGGUGGCCUCUCUACAUCUACAGAAACCCUUUCACAGGGCUGUGCAGGAUCGGUGGCGACUGUUGCAGAAGCCGGACAACCGAUUAUGACUUGGUUGGAGGUGAUCAGCUCAACUGUCACUUUGGCUCCAUCCUGCAGACGACGGGGCUGCAGUACCGGGAUUUCAUUCACGUCAGCUUUCACGACAAGGUGUACGAGCUCCCCUUCUUAGUGGCCCUGGACCACAGGAAGGAGUCGGUGGUGGUGGCUGUGAGGGGAACCAUGUCUCUCCAGGACAUCCUUACGGACCUGUCAGCGGAGAGCGAGCCGGUCGACCUCGAGUGUGAGGUGCAGGACUGCUGGGCACACAAGGGGAUUUCUCAAGCUGCCAGAUACGUUUACCGACGACUCAUCAACGACGGGAUUUUGAGCCAGGCGUUCAGCAUUGCACCUGAAUACCGGCUGGUCAUCGUGGGGCACAGCCUGGGGGCAGGUGCUGCGGCCCUGUUGACCAUCAUGCUCAGAGGCCCAUACCCACGAGUCAGGUGUUACGCCUUUUCCCCGCCCAGGGGGCUGCUGAGCAAAUCCCUUUAUGAAUACUCUAAGACCUUCAUCGUGUCACUUGUUCUGGGCAAGGAUGUGAUUCCCAGGUUAAGUGUGACCAACUUGGAAGAUUUGAAGAGGAGAAUCUUGCGAGUGAUUGCUCACUGCAACAAGCCCAAGUACAAGAUCCUGCUGCGCGCGUGCUGGUACGAGCUGUUUGGAGGGCACCCCGAGGACCUGCCGACGGAGCUGGAUGGGGGCGACCUGACGCAGCCUCUCCUCGGGGAGCGGAGCCUGCUGGCGCACGGGUCCCCGGCCUACAGCUUCUCCAGCGACUCCCCGCUCGAGUCCCCCACCAAGUACCCCCCUCUCUACCCUCCCGGCAGGAUCAUCCACCUGGAGGAAGUGGGCACUUCAGGGAGGUUUUCCUGCUAUCCUGCUGCUCGGUACAGUGUGAAAUGGUCACACGAAUCGGAAUUCAGCAAAAUACUCAUCGGCCCAAAGAUGCUAACAGACCACAUGCCCGACAUCCUGAUGAGAGCCCUGGACAGCGUGGUGUCCGACAGGGCCGCUUGUGUCUCCUGCCCGACCCAGGGAGGCUCCAGUGUGGAGGUCGCGUAACCCGGGCAACUGGGAGCUGCUCGGGCCGUGGACAUCUGAGUGAUUCCCACGAUGCCAAUGAUCGGACUUCAGUGGUCUCCUAAAUGACUGAGUAAUUUGAGAAAUACUUCUGACCACAACAUUCACACAAUCAGGAGCCAGGAGAGCACUGAGGUGACGGCCUCCCCCCCACCCCCCGAGACCGAGUGGGUGUCACGCCCUUUCCUGUAGGCCUGCUGAUUCCCAGGAGUCCCACAGCCAGGUUUAAGGCCCUAAUGGAUCUGUAGGCGCCCGCCCCUCAGGCCACCUUUUCAGUGACAGGGUCCUGCCUUACGAGUUGGCACACAGGUGCGCAGUGUAUUCUGCGAACUGGACUUUCCCGCCUGCACAAACUCAGUAUCAGUUGCGAGGGUGCAGACUGGGGUCUGUCAUGGGUGGCACUAAGCGAGGGUCAGCCCUGAGCUCCGACUGGGAAUCAGACGAAAGCAGGUCGGGGAGGCGAGCAGAGACUGCAGCUCCUGGCCUCCGGGUGCCCCGUGCCCUGUUCACGCUGCUUGCUUCACCAGCCUCAGGGUGAUGGCCCAGUUCUCGUGGGGUAUUCGCAGAGGUCGGCCAGUGGAUUCAGAGUGAGUUAAAAAAAAAAAAAAAAAAA